AUGGGUUUGGGGAAUAAGAAUCACCACCUUCUGUCUAAGAUUGCAACCAAUGAUAAGCAUGGAGAGAAUUCUCCUUAUUUUGAUGGGUGGAAGGCUUAUGAAGCAAACCCAUUUCACCCUAUAAAUAAUUCUCAUGGUGUUAUCCAGAUGGGGCUUGCAGAAAAUCAGCUCUGCUUUGAUCUUAUUGAAAAGUGGAUAAGGAAUAAUCCCUCUGCAUCCAUUUGCACUUCAGAAGGGGUGAAUCGGUUCAGAUAUAUUGCUAACUUUCAAGACUAUCAUGGAUUGCCAGAGUUCAGAAAUGCUGUGGCAAAUUUUAUGUCAAAAGUUAGAGGUGGUAGGGUCAGAUUUGAUCCUGACCGUAUAUUGAUGAGUGGAGGAGCCACAGGAGCAAAUGAGUUAAUCAUGUUCUGUUUGGCUGAUCCUGGUGAUGCUUUUUUGGUUCCAAGCCCUUACUAUCCAGCAUUCGUCCGUGACUUGUGCUGGAGAACUGGGCUGCAACUAAUACCUGUUGAGUGUGAUAGUUCCAACAAUUUCAAGAUAACAAGAGAAGCACUUGAAGCAGCAUACGAGAAAGCAAAAGAGGAUAACAUCAAUGUGAAGGGGUUGAUCAUAACAAACCCAUCAAACCCUUUGGGAAGCACAUUAGACAGAGAAACACUACACAGCAUAGUGAGCUUCAUCAAUGAAAAGAACAUCCAUUUAGUCUGUGAUGAAAUCUAUGCAGCCACAGUGUUCAGCACCCCAAGCUUCAUAAGCGUCUCUGAAGUCAUGGAAGACAUGAAGUGCUGCAAACGUGACCUCGUUCACAUUAUUUAUAGUUUGUCUAAGGAUAUGGGGCUUCCAGGUUUUAGAGUUGGCAUAGUUUAUUCAUACAAUGAUGAAGUGGUGAACCAAGGUCGCAAAAUGUCAAGCUUCGGAUUAGUCUCCUCACAGACACAACAUUUUCUAGCUUCAAUGCUUUCGGAUGACAAGUUUGUCGGAAAUUUUCUUGCAGAGAGUUCAAGAAGGUUAAGAGAAAGGCAUAGCUUAUUCACAAAAGGGCUUGAGAAGGUUAACAUUACUUGCUUGCCAAGCAAUGCAGGGCUUUUCUGUUGGAUGAAUUUGAGAAAUUUGCUAAAGGAACAAACAUUUGAAGGUGAAAUGAUGCUUUGGCGUGUGAUUAUCAAUGAGGUGAAGCUCAAUGUGUCGCCAGGUUCAUCUUUUAAUUGCUCAGAGCCUGGUUGGUAUAGGGUUUGUUUUGCUAACAUGGAUGAUGAAACUGUGGAAGUUGCACUCAAGAGAAUUCGAGAAUUUGUAUGCAAAGAAACAGGGAAAAAAGUUGAAGUCAAACGUUGGCAACGUGGUCUUCGACUAAGCUUCUCCUCAAGAAGAUUUGAUGAAACUGUUAUGUCACCUCACUUGAUGUCUCCCCAUUCACCAAUACCUCACUCACCCCUCGUGCGAGCCACUUAA